UCCGCUGUGUGUCUCAGGCGAUGACAUCACCGCACCGGGCCAUGGCGGACGAGGAGGACGACUUCAUGGGCGAGGAGGAGGGCGAGGAGGGUGCCGUAGCCACCGCCACCGCCUCCUCCAGCGGGCAGCGCGGACGACACCGCCUCUUCUCUAAAGAGCUGCGCUGUAUGAUGUACGGAUUUGGAGAUGACCAGAACCCCUACACGGAGUGUGUGGAUCUACUGGAGGAUCUCCUCACAGAGUUCAUCACUGAGACGACUCACAGGGCGAUCGCCGUAGGGCGGCCCGGGCGGCUCCAGGUCGAGGACCUGGUGUUCCUCGUCAGGAAGGACGAGCGCAAAUUCUCGCGCAUGAAGGAGCUGCUCACCAUGAACGAGGAGCUCAAGAAGGCUCGCAAGGCCUUCGACGAGGCCACCUACGGCACUUGAGGGCCGCGGCGGUCGGCCGUCGUGAACCCGUCAUGAACGGGGGCCCGGUGGUGGCGAGAAGACGUUAACUAACUUCUCCUGGUUUGCAGACGGUCGUGGGUUCGAUGCUGACCCUCACGAUGCCUGUUGUAUAUUUGGAGUGUGCGUGUGUUUCCCCCCCCACCCCCUUCCCCGUGUUGGUCGCGUGGAUUUGCUUUCCAGGUCCUAGGGGUUUUCCCUCCACGUCACGCAUUCGGAGUAUUUGGCUGAUAUACAUUUCCACGUGAUGUUAAGCCACCAUUUCGUUAAGCUGUCUUUUGAAAUAGUCAGGUCGCUUCUGAAAUAGAGCUCCAUAGCUAACUGGGCCUUACCUGGUAAAAUAAAAAAAAUGGUUUAGUUUACACCACUGGCCAUCGUCAACCCAAACACCACCAGGCCAUCGUCAACCCAAACACCACCAGGCCAUCGUCAACCCAGACACCACCAGGCCAUCGUCAACCCAGACACCACCAGGCCAUCGUCAACCCAGACACCACCAGGCCAUCGUCAACCCAGACACCACCAGGCCAUCGUGAACCCACGACUGAGCAGGGGAGGGUCAAUGGGAGGGAGUGGGUGGAUCAAAGAGUUAAUAGUGGCCGUGUCAAGAGACGCCUUGUGUUGAGGUUCUGGGUUCAUGCCCAGGGCAUCAUGGGUCUUUCUGUGUAUCUUAUGGGGGUUCACAAUGGACGUGUCAGAGACGCUGAUCCAGCACCACUGCGAUCCUAGGUUAAACGCCUGGGUGCCUCCCUCUACGUCCAUGGCCGUGUCAGAGACUGCGAGCCAGUGACACUAGUUAAAAAUUAGAAUCUUUAAAAUCUAAAUCUUUUGUUUUGAUCGGAGGAAUCCAAUGAGCUAUGAAGCUCUUUUUACAGUUGUCCAGUAGAAGUCCUGGGUUCGAACGCCUGGUCUGGCUGUCUCAAGAAAUUUGAAAUGGUUGUGUGGACUUGACUUUCUUUACUUACUAUAUUCUGUGUUCCAAUCUGGCGUCUGGGGGUGUCCCCAUGUCUCAAUGAGUCUGCGUGGCCGUGUCAGGAGACAUGGUGGGCUUUUUUUUUUAAAGGUGCUAGGUUUGAGCCUUGGUGCUCUUCAGUGUCUCCAGGGAAGGUUCACAACGGCUGUGACGGAGACACCGAGGCCAGCACUGUUGCUGUUCCUUGGUUCAAGCCCUGGGUUUGGCCACUACGAAACUCCUGAGAGAGAGACCCGAGAAACAUUCACGCCUAUGGUUUGGACCAAUGCAUUCAAUUGUCACCGGAUCAGUGUUGCUGACACGGCCAUUAAAGACAUCCCCGAUGGAGACGCAUGGCCGUUGACUAAAGGAUUGUGUUCCAGCUCAUUCGCCCCCCAGCUGUGUAAGGACUGACAGUUUUUAUUUUUCAAUUGCGAAUCGGGAUCAAUAAAAGAAAAGCUUUAUAUCGGA